UUGAAUAACAGUGACGUUACCCUCCGAUUCUAGAGUGUUGGUGACAUUACCAACCAAUGACUGAGUGUUAUUAACAUCUGCCCAUAAUUCAAUUCGGGUAACGUCACUCGCAGAUGGUUGAACAUUGAUGACGUUAUCCAUAAAUGAUACAUUGUUGAUAACGUUAUCCGUAGAUGAUUGAGUGUUUGCAAGGUUAUCUGUCGAUAUACGAGAAACGUCACUUCUGGUAACUUCGAUGGUCGUUGCACUUGUGUUAGUUAUGUAAUGCGUAGAAACUUGAGUAGCAGUCAUUUUGUUCAUUGACAGUUGAGGUUUUAUGACGUUGAAUGUCGAUGGAUGUGUCGUGUUAAAAUGAUUUGUUGAUUGUGGAACUGAAGCAACAUAACAAGGAAUGCAAUAAUUCAAUGCUUGAGAACAUGAAAUGUCUAUUAUCUCUAAAUAGAAAAUGAUCUUGGUUGGCAGACAUGUCCACCAAUCUUUUGUUCACAUCUUUAAAAUCUUCGCCAUGAGCAACAUGCGAAACGAACAUAUUUUCGUAUAUUCUCGGCAUAAAUAACUACUGUCCGAUUCCAUGUCAACAGAUUGGGCCUUCGCUACAUCAGAAACUCCCAUCCUUUUUGCUCUUUCUUCAAACUCAGAAAACUUUGAACGACGAUCUUCCUCUCUUUUGAGCAGUUGUAUUUUUGCACAGCAUCAUUGCCGUUGUUUUUCCUCUGAUGAUCAAUCCAUCCCUUUCGCUUGAAGUUCCUAUUUUCUUGAUUAAAUUAUUUUAUCGUAAAUUUUACUUGGUUGUUUUGGUUUGAUUUAUCACACUUUUUCGCAAUGCAAUGAAUAAGACGGUGGAAACACGAUUUUGAUUGCUUACGCGUUUACUUUGCAUAAAUUGCGCAUAGUUGGCAGCAGUAUUUGUUGUCAGCGGUAUAAUUUACGAGGGAAAGUUAAAUUAAAAAAAUAAUAAAUAUGGCUGGCACGAGAAGUAGUACGAAGAUGUCUUUAAGACACUGUAGAAAGUCAAAAAAUUGUUCGAAAUUUACACCAGAGACAGAAGAUGAAUCACAAAUGUGCGUGAUAUGCUUGGAUAAAAUUUCUUGUCGAGGAAAACUCGGCUCAUGUCAACAUUGGUUUUGUUUUGAUUGUAUUUACGAAUGGUCCAAAAACACAAAUACAUGUCCUAUAUGUAAAAAGAAAUUCAGAUGUAUUACGAAGACGCAUUUGAAUCCAGGAAAAUCUCCAAUAUUGAAAGUUCGAGUGAAAGAUGUAGAGCAAAAUGUUUCUGUAAAUGAUGAUGAAUUUGCGUGGCAGGACUUUGAAUCUUCUGAUGUAAAUGAAAAUUUCACUUAUGAGAACAUGUAUGAUGAUACAUUUAACAUACCAAUGGAAAUUCAAACCCAACAGUCAGCAUCCUCCGAGGAGACAUAUGAUGACGAUGAUGACGACGAUGAUGAUGAUAGUACAUCUGGUGAUAUUGUAUCUUAUGUUGGUACAUCCGAUGAUACAUCUGAUGAUAGUACAUUUUAUAGUACAUCUGAUGAUAGUACAUCUGAUGAUACAGAUCAUGAUGAUGAUGCAGAGUCUGAUGCUGACAUGUGUAGCUUGUGGAAGAAUAAAAAUCAAGAGAAGUUGAAUGAUUAUCACAUGAGCUAUUUCAAGAGGAACGAUAACAAAAUAUCAGAAUCUGAGGAGGAUUUUCAUCAAACUCAUUCAUCAAGCUAUGAUGAUCAUGAUUACAAUUGUUUGCUCAAUUUUCAUCAAAGAAAUUCUUCAAGGAAGAAUAUUAUUCUCACGGAUACGCGUUCUAAUGGUGAACCAUAUGAAAAUAAGCAAGAAACUAUGAAGGAAUCAAAAGGAGAUAAAAGAAAAGAAUCUGAUAAUCGUGAAAGAAGUUUGAGAGGAACCUCGUCCACCAAUUCUCGUGACAAAAAACAACAGAGAAGAAAAACAACUGCCACAUUCAAUACAAUAAAUACUGCAGACAAAAAGAAUUAUAACUUAAGAAAUACGUCAAACGGUGUGAAAGGCAAAUGGCUUAGUUCUAACUCAACAUGCACAUCAACAUUUCAUGGUGUAACAAGGAACGGUCCAAGUAUAGCUUUUAACAAUCAACAAGAUACGUUUGAAAUAGAAAACAUCAGUGAUGACGAGUUACAUAAAAUGGAUGUAGACGAAGAAAGCAGAUUAUCAAAAAAGAAAGGAAAGAUAAGAAGUGAAUGGAAAUCUCAACAUGAAAACGACACUCAAAGGGGAUUAAGAUGUGCCAUAACGAGAAACGGGUCAAGGGAGAACAGAGAAAAGACAACGCGAAACCGAUCGCUGUCAACACGAAAAUCAACGCAAUCAAAAGAAAACGCAUCAUUAUUCGUACGAAAUCAACGAAUGUCCACGCGAAAUGGUAAAAAUUUGACACAGAAUGGCAACGCUUCCACAAGUAUGUCGACACAAAAUGCAACAAGGUCUACAAAAAAUUCAUCGCGUUCAACAAGACUUGCAGUGAUGCUGAAAGAAAACAAUGUAUCUUUAACACCAGAAAAAGUUUUAUCAUCAGAAGAACCGGUUGUUGCAAAGAAGCGAAAACACAAGAAAAUUAAGUUUCCAUUUGAUAGCGAAUCAGAAAGCACGGAAGAUUCCUGGACUCCACCGAGGAAAAUGGGAAACAAAAGGUCUUCAUCACACAUAUUCAAAGAAACGCAAAAUAAUUUGGAUGGGUAGACGUUUAUGUUUAUUAAAAAAUACUGCAAUAUUUAAAAUCAUUACACGUUAAAAAUAGUUAGGAAAGAUUAUAUAUUAUACAUCAUGACAUCAUACCAUCAGAGGUAUUACUCGAAAAUAUCUGAAACGAUGAUUUCUACGCCAUAUUUGAAGUCACGUGAUCGCUGCCAUUGCUUGUCACGAAUUGAAGAAAUAGCUUAUUUUUGUCGAAUGGUUUCUUGUUCUUUAAAUUAUAAAAGAUAAAAGCAAACUAUCUAAAGAAACCAACAAACACUUUUUCGCUCGCGUUUUUGUGUUCAAGGAUUAAUGCGACAAAUUAUAGCCGUCUUUAUCCACAAAAACAUAAGUUUUCGUUCCAGGUGUCUCGAAGUCAUUGUAGAGUUUUGCAAGUUGUACAUUAAAGUUAUUGUGACAUAAGUAGCUCAAAAAAAUUGUCAAUAAAAUUAAAUGAAUUGUUAAAA